AUUGCUUAGUAAUGUAACCUUUCUCUUAGACUUGCAGCAAAAACUGAAUGAGACAGAAAGCUGUUCAGAUUAUGAGCAUACAAUUACAGAUCUGCAGCAAAACCUGAAUGACAAAAUCAAGGAGCUGCAGUCCAAAUCGAACUCUGUUACUUCACUUGCUCUACAAAUUUCUACAUUAACUCAGCAAGUGGAGCAACUGAAAGCACAAAUGAACAACUCUGUGUCCAAAUCCAAGGUUGAUGAGCUCCAAAACGCCAUAGAUGAAAAGAAUCAGGAGCUGGACAAACUAACAAAAGAGCUGAAAGAGAGAAGCACUCAACCACGUAGACUUCUGCAGAUUAUUGCACUGCAAACAGAAAUCGAGAAACUGGACACUGUGGCGGAAAAUGAUAGAGAUGAGGAGAAGAUUAAAGCACUUCAAGGAAAGCUCAAUUAUUUGAUUGAGGGAGUUAAAGAUGAACAGGAUGAAAACACUAAGCUGACAUUUCAGAUCUUGAAUCAGCAAGCUGAAAUAGCAAGACUGAAAAAGCAAGAAGAAAGGAAGAAUGAGACACAAGAAGCCCAAAUUAAAGAUCUGGAGAAUCAACUGGAGGCCAUGAGAAAUCAGAAAAGCACAGGAAGUGCUGCUCAGAUUAUGGAGCUUGAAGUGCAAAUUAAAGAACUGGAAGAUAACAUAGCAGCCCUCAAAGAGGCUCAUACUGAGAGCCUUGCAGACCUUCAAAGGAGACUAAAGUUGAAAGAGAGGCAGCUGGAUGACACUGAAAGUCAACUUGAGCAUGUAGAUGCAGAGAAUUAUAAAUAUGUGAUGGAGAUUGCUGAUCUGAGGGUGAAACUGAAAAAGGCGGUGACGCAGACAUCUGACAAAAAAAUCAAAGACGUGGAGAAGAAACUAAAAACACAAGAAGCUGAGAAUAAAAAACUUGAAGCUGCAAACAAAGGAAUCAUGUAG